AAAAAUAAGUCCAGUAAGUGGUAAAAAUCAAAAAACCCAAUUUAAGCAGUAUCUAGAACGAAUUGAAGAUCCUAAAAACAAUCAAGAAGUAAACUAUGACUUACCAGAAAAUCCCACUCCUUUACAAGUAGCCAAGUUUGAGAUUUGUCAAAGAAUUCUCGCUUAUCAGCAAGACAAUAAUCUAACUGAUGAAGAACUAGCUGAUCGUAUUAAUUUAAGCAUUCCUGAACUAGAAGAAGUAUUAUUUUGCCAAAUUGAGAAAUUUACUUUAGACCGCUUAAUGACUUAUGCUAAUUCUUUAUUUAACCCUUCCCAAAUAAAGAUUACUAUUACUCAACCUACUAUAAGAAAAAGAAAUCCUCUUUAUGCCCGCUAA